AUGUCGGCUGCACAGCUACUCAAUCCCAAGGCCGAGUCGAGGAGGCGCGGGGAAGCUCUGAGCGUCAACAUUGCGGCGGGAGAGGGCCUGCAGCAGGUGCUCGCUUCCAACCUGGGACCCCGCGGCACACUCAAGAUGCUGGUUGACGGUGCUGGAGGCAUCAAGCUCACAAAAGAUGGAAGUGUGCUGCUCAAGGAAAUGGUCAUGAUCGCACGAGCGGCCACGGCCCAAGACGACAUAACUGGCGACGGCACAACCUCAGUAGUCCUGCUCGUAGGAGAGCUGUUGAAACAGGCAAACAGGUACAUCUCCGAGGGGCUGCACCCUCGCGUCAUCACCGAUGGCUACGACAUUGCCAAAACAGAAGCAUUAAAAUUUCUCGAUGACUUCAAGCUUGCAAAAGAGGUCGACCGCGAACUGCUCCUCUCCGUUGCCCGAACGUCGCUUUCUACGAAGCUCGACAGCUCGCUUGCUGAACAGCUCACCCCCGACAUCGUCGAUUCGGUAUUGGCCAUCUACCAAGCGCCUGCGAAGCCCGACUUGCACAUGGUGGAGAUCAUGACAAUGCAGCACCGGACAGCCGCAGACACACAGCUCAUUCGUGGCCUGGCUUUGGAUCACGGCGCAAGGCAUCCAGACAUGGCCAAGAGGGUUGAGAACGCCUUCAUCCUUACCCUCAACGUCAGUCUGGAAUACGAAAAGUCGGAGAUCAACUCGGGAUUCUACUAUUCGAGCGCCGAGCAGAGGGAAAAGCUUGUCGAGAGCGAGCGGCGGUUCGUUGAUGACAAGCUCAGGAAGAUUGUCGAGCUAAAGAAGGAGGUCUGUGGCGACGAUCCCAAGAAAGGCUUCGUCAUCAUAAACCAAAAAGGCAUUGACCCGCUCAGCCUGGACGUACUUGUCAAGAAUGGCAUAUUUGCCCUCAGGCGGGCCAAGAGGAGGAACAUGGAGCGUCUCCAGCUCGUAUGUGGUGGCACCUCACAGAACAGCGUUGACGAUCUGACGCCUGAUGUUCUCGGCUGGGCAGGCCUUGUUUACGAGCACCAGCUUGGCGAGGAGAAGUACACAUUCAUUGAAGACGUCAAGGAGCCCAAGUCAGUCACAUUGCUCAUCAAGGGCCCGAAUGCGCACACGAUAUCCCAGAUCAAGGAUGCUGUUCGUGACGGUCUGAGGAGUGUCUAUAAUAUGAUUGUCGACAAGAGUGUGGUACCCGGUGGUGGCUCAUUCCAGGUAGCUUGCGCAGCUCACCUACAGAGCGAACAGUUCAAGAAGACAGUCAAGGGCAAGGCAAAGUGGGGAGUAGCGGCUUUUGCAGACGGUCUUCUCAUUAUCCCAAAGACGCUGGCAGCCAAUUCUGGCCAUGACAUUCAAGAUUCUCUGGCAGCACUCUGGGACGAACAUGCGGAAGGCAACGUGGUGGGUCUCAACCUUGCAACUGGUGAGCCCAUGGACCCGACGCAAGAAGGUGUCUACGACUCUUUCCGCGUACUGCGCAACUGCAUAGCAUCGGCCACUGGAAUCGCUUCUAACCUUUUACUGUGCGACGAGAUGCUCAAGGCUAGGCAAAUGGGACGACAGCCCGAGCCUGGCGAGGGUCAAUGA